AUGUAUGAAUACUCGGGAUCAUUGGACCGCCUGUCUUCUGCGCGCAGAUGGGCAGAACUUGCACGAGUGCACGACCAUGAGACCACCUUUGCAGCCUACAAAAUGACGAUAUCGCUACUUCAACUUGCUCUCACCAUAAGCCCGACUCUCGACGCACAACACGACUUCAUUAUUGGGAUCGAUGAAGACAGACUGUGUCCUACAUCCGUGUUGUCCGCUCUUCCGUUCCAUGCAGCAGGGCUAAUUGAGAAUGGAGAUGGUACUACAAAGUACAUAUUAGACGAUUAUGUCUCAUCGUAUACGCCGACUCUCGGGACCCUCAUUAAUUCACGGUCCGGCAGCUGCGAAAACGAUCCAACUGGGCUUGUGAUCGGAGACACCUCACUUCGGUCAGCAAAGGAGAUUUCCAAUGUCCGAAAUUCCGGCAUGAGCACUAAACUACUCGUUGGCAAGGAGGCGUCUUGCGACAGAGUGAUCACAGCCUCCAGGAAGCAAGAGGGGUCCAUUUUGUUUGUCAUGGGUCUUUAG